GUUCCAUCAUGUUGGCAUCAUGGAAACUGCUUUUCAGCCUCUUUUUAGUGGAACUAUGUGGCACUAGUGCUGCAUCGCAGGUUGAAGUCUAUGCAUACACCGGAGGAGACGCCAAAGUGUCCUGUUCAUACCCAGCGGGCUAUGAGACUUAUGAAAAGUACCUAUGCACUGAAGCUUGUACAGAUAAUGACGUUCUGGUUAAAACCACAAAGCAGACAGCGACUAGAUACUCCACAAGUGACCAUCAGCAAACACGAAUAUUUACUGUGACUAUUUCAAGUGUCCAGAUGUCUGAUGCUGGAAACUACUGGUGUGGGGUGAGCAGAUCAGGGAAGGAUAUCUACACCUCAGUGACCGUCCACGUUAAAUCAAAUGAUUGUUGUGACAGUGUCCGUAACAUCCUGGGGUAUGAGGGCAACAAUGUGUCCAUAAGCUGUCCACCCCAAAAUGACAACAGUUUUAAAUACAUGUGCAAAGGAUCGCAGCCCUCCGCAUGUCGCAAACAGGCGCUUGUCACAACCAGCAAGACACAAAAUGGACAGUUCAGACUCAGGGAAUCUGAGAGUGAGUUCACAGUGGAGCUUUCUGCUGUCACCAAACAAGAUGCUGGAUCAUAUCUGUGUGGGGUCGAGAGAAGCAAUGCCUUUGAUGUUUUUUCUCGUGUUGACUUGACAGUGAAAGCUUUUAUCUUUGUCAGAAUGGUGCUGUGUGACUCCACAUGAUGUUGAGGGUUUUCUGGGGCAGUCGGUGACCCUGCAGUGCCCAUAUCCUGAUGAACAUCGUCCCAACACAAAGUUUCUGUGUAAAGGCGAUAAACGAACCACGUGU